UGUGUGUGCGUGUGCGUGCAAGUGUAAAUGCUGCUCAUUUAGAGGAAUUACGGUAAACACGUCAACGUUAAAGAGGCCGAGCAAACAACUAGUGACAGCAGCGCUCAAAUCUACCCUAAACAGCACACACUACGAGAUGGUGUUGUCCUGUCUGUCACGUACCAGCCUCUUAAUUCUGGGGAGUUCCCGUGCCUUUGGUGUUGAAUAGAGGUGGAGAAAGAGUCAGAGCUCUCAUUUGCAGAAGCAGAGUGCCAGGAUAAGAGAUUUUGAUAUUUUUGGAGAUAUUCUGGAUUUUUUUGGGGGAAAUUGUCUUGCCGUUCAGAACCGGAUCAAAGGUUCAAGAGUGUGCAGUGAAGAAGCGUGUUUUUAGUUAUGACGAACCCUUAUGCACACAUUAUUGAGCCUCUGGACCCCCAGAAACCCGACCACAAGUUCUUCAACCUUAAAAAGCUCAAAGACCCCAGAUAUGACCAGCUUCCCUUCUCCAUCCGUGUGCUGCUGGAGUCUGCGGUGAGAAACUGUGAUGGGUUCCUGGUGAAGAAAGAGGAUGUGGAGAAAGUCCUCAACUGGAAGGUGACACAGAGUCAGACCGUGGAGGUGCCUUUCAGACCGGCUCGUGUCAUCUUGCAAGACUUCACGGGUGUUCCUGCAGUGGUCGACUUUGCAGCCAUGCGUGAUGCAGUGAAAAAAUUACAGGGCGACCCGGAAAGGAUUAAUCCAGUCUGUCCGGCAGACCUUGUCAUAGAUCAUUCCAUUCAGGUUGACUUCAACAGGAAGUCUGACAGCCUUCAGAAAAACCAAGACCUUGAAUUUGAAAGGAACAAAGAACGAUUUGAGUUUUUAAAGUGGGGUUCUAAAGCAUUCCAGAACAUGCGGAUCAUUCCUCCGGGCUCAGGAAUAGUCCAUCAGGUCAAUCUGGAAUACCUGGCCAGGGUGGUGUUUAAGCGGGAUGGUUACUACUAUCCGGACAGUCUGGUGGGAACGGACUCUCACACUACCAUGAUUGAUGGGCUGGGAGUGCUGGGCUGGGGUGUUGGAGGUAUCGAGGCGGAGGCGGUCAUGUUGGGUCAGCCGAUCAGUAUGGUGCUGCCAGAGGUCAUUGGUUACAAACUACAGGGGACACCCGACAAAUAUAUCACCUCCACUGACAUAGUGCUUACUGUCACCAAGCAUUUGCGGCAAGUGGGUGUGGUUGGAAAAUUUGUGGAGUUUUUUGGCCCUGGCGUUGCCUCGCUGUCUAUCGCUGACCGCGCUACCAUCGCCAACAUGUGCCCUGAGUAUGGAGCCACCGCUGCCUUCUUCCCUGUAGACCAUAUCAGCAUUCAUUAUCUGAAUCAGACGGGGAGGGACACAGAGAAGCUGAAUUACAUAGAAAAGUAUCUGAAAGCGGUGGGCAUGUUCAGAGACUACAGCAACACAUCUGAGGAUCCACAGUUCACUCAGGUUGUUGAGUUGGACCUCAGUACGGUCGUCCCCUGCUGCAGCGGUCCCAAGCGGCCACAGGACAAAGUGACUGUAUCAGAGAUGAAGCAGGACUUUAAAAUGUGUUUAGGGGCCAAGCAAGGCUUCAAAGGAUUCCAGGUGGCUCCUGAGCGUCAUGAUGUUCAGGUGCCUUUCCAGUUUAACGGAGCGGAGUAUUCACUGUCUCACGGAUCCGUGGUCAUCGCAGCCAUCACCAGCUGCACCAACACCAGCAACCCCUCGGUCAUGCUGGGAGCAGGUCUGUUGGCGCAGAAGGCUGUAAACGCUGGUCUCAGUGUCAAGCCGUACAUAAAGACCAGUCUGUCUCCAGGCAGCGGAGUGGUCACUUACUACCUUAAAGAGAGCGGGGUCAUGGACUUCCUCUCACAGUUAGGUUUCGAGGUUGUCGGUUACGGCUGCAUGACCUGCAUUGGAAACAGUGGACCCCUUCCAGAGCCGGUUGUACAGGCCAUUACUCAGGGUGAUUUGGUUGCUGCGGGUGUCCUGUCUGGAAACAGAAACUUCGAGGGUCGCGUCCAUCCCAACACACGAGCCAAUUACCUGGCCUCUCCUCCUCUGGUCAUCGCCUAUGCUAUAGCAGGCACAGUGAGGAUAGAUUUUGAAAAAGAGCCUUUAGCCGUGAACUCUGAGGGAAAAGAGGUUUUCCUGAGAGACAUCUGGCCCACGCGGGACGAGAUCCAGGCGGUGGAGAGACAGUUUGUCCUUCCUGCCAUGUUUAAGGAGGUCUAUGAGAAAGUUGAGAAAGUGAAUGAACGCUGGAACUCACUGGAAGCUCCUUCUGACAAGCUUUAUACCUGGAACCCCAAUUCUACUUACAUUAAAUCCCCUCCUUUCUUUGACGGACUGACCCGGGAGCUGCAGACACCAAACUCUAUAACAGACGCGUAUGUGCUGCUCAAUUUGGGAGAUUCUGUGACCACGGACCACAUCUCGCCUGCUGGAAACAUUGCUCGUAACAGUCCUGCGGCACGAUACCUGACCAGCCGCGGACUCACCGCGAGGGAGUUUAAUUCGUAUGGUUCCCGUCGAGGGAAUGACGCAGUCAUGGCUCGAGGCACAUUUGCCAACAUCCGCCUUUUUAACAAGUUUAUAAACAAGCAAGCACCAAGUACCAUCUACCUUCCUACUGGAGAAACGAUGUAUUUGAUUCAUCAUACAAAUAAACAUCAGCAGGCUGGUCAUCCUCUCUUGAUUCUGGCGGGCAAAGAGUAUGGAUCGGGAAGCUCUAGAGAUUGGGCGGCUAAAGGGCCCUUCCUGCUGGGCAUCAAAGCUGUUCUAGCGGAGAGUUACGAGCGGAUUCAUCGCAGUAAUCUGGUCGGGAUGGGCAUCAUCCCUCUGGAGUAUCUGCCGGGUGACAGCGCUGAAAGCCUCGGGCUCAGCGGCCGCGAGAGAUACACUGUGAUCAUUCCUCCACAGAUCACGCCCAGAAUGACUGUCGACAUCAAGCUGGACACAGGGAGAACGUUUCAGGCCAAGAUGAGGUUCGACACGGACGUGGAGCUGACGUACUUCCAUCACGGCGGCAUCCUCAACUACAUGAUCCGCAAGAUGUCCGAAAACUAACACCGUCUCCAGGACGCCCCACUCGAAACGCACACGUCAUCCGUCAUCUGGAUGCUUGUUUUGUCCCAUCAGUGUUUUUGUUUCUCUUUUAAGAACCAACUAAUGUGGUGUUUCGUUACGGUUAUGUUUGAAAUAUGACGCAUAACGUUACGUGCUACGAUAUUAAAUUCUCCAAGUCAGUGACUCUGUAGGAUGCUGUGCUUGAUUCUGAUGCUUCAGUGGGAUUGAAGGGGAAGUUAGAAAGCAUUACACGUCUCCGUUAUUCAUCUUAUUAAUUACUGUACUUAAACUACACGUUGAGACAAGUACUUAACAGGUUAUCCACUCAUGAAAAUGUGCACUUGGUUUUUUUUUGUUUUGUUUUUUUGUUAGUUAGUUAUAAUAGUAUAAACGUUAGGCACAGUGACUCUUUUUUUAUUUUUUAAGAUGUAACAAUGAUUCCUUUUCAUUGCUGAAUAAUUUUCACGUAAUGGUUCUGCAUUAACUUUAGACUGAAAUACUGAAGAAGAUCGUUUAAAACCGAUGUUGCAUCAGAUAAAUCCCUUUAACAGCUGUCGGAUAUCAACUGAAAAUACAAAACUGCCAAUGUUUUCACAUUUUGUGUCUAAUCACUUGAAAAAGCCUGUGCACGACAUUUCAUUCCAGUCUUUAUCUCUUAUGCAUCUGUACUCAGAGCUGAGUAGUGACUGAUUACAUGUAAUCUGGAUUAUGUAAUCAGAUUCCAAAAAUGAAGCACUUGUAAUUAAAUUAAAUUACAUUUUAAAGGCUUUUGUCUUUCGAACACAUUAAAAUGCACAAAUUCACACUAUUUCUUAUUUACAUGUAAUGCAGGGAUUCCCAAACGUUGUCAGCAAAACCUCUUUCGCCCAGUGUUUUCACUUGAUGUACCCCAAUAAAUUAAUAAUUAAGUAACACAUGUGCAUGUUCACGGUUUUCUGGUGUUAGUUAAUUGUCACAUGACGUGCAGUUAAACAAAUUAAAUAUUUCUUCUUUUUUUUUUUUUUUUUUUUUUUUUUUAAGUAAGUGUUUUAUUUUGAUUGAUGUUAUUUUAAAAUGAUUGAUUUUAAUGAACAUUUUUAUGAUUUAAUUAUUAGAUUUUCAUUAAACUCUCGAGCCCCCUUCACAAACCUCAGUUUGGGAAACAUUGCAUUUAAUGUUUAAUGCAUUCCAUGUUGAUUACAAUAUCUUACAAGAUUAUCCUGUUUAAAUCCAUGUGAUAAAUGAGUUAAGUAAUCUAAAGUAGUCAGGCCAUUGUUUUAUAAGGUGGAGCUAAACUGAAAUGCAUAACUGUUUGUUUUUUUCUUUAAUCAUAUUCUUUGUGAAAUCCGACUGAUUGACCUUUAUUUUAAGCAAAGCACACAUCUGUAGUUUUUGUGGAAACAAAAAUAAAUGUUUAUUGGAAAAUUUUCA